GUGAGGAAUUAUUGCUUCUUCUGACAGCCCGUCGUCAGCCUCCUCCGCUAGUGCCAAGGGCGGGCCGGACUGUGCAUCCGAAACACAGAGGGCAGGCGCGCACGCAGGUAGCAGGCAGGAGGUACAAAAAGGCAAGCGAAUGUCCCAAAUUCCCGUCAACCUCGAAAUGAUCCGAACCCUUCAACAUUCCAAACCUAAAUAAACCUGGUGAAUUUUGUACGUCAUCACAGACUGCGUCACGUCCGGCCCUCUCCUCGCCAUGGCGGCCUCAUCGACAUCGGGGCACUUCGUCAACGUCUAUCAGUCGGUCGACAAAACCAAGCGCCCCGUUACCACAUCUCUGGCAGUCGCGAGAUCACCACGCCCACCAUCGGGCGACACCGAAGAAAUCAAGGCUACGUUGCCCGAAUACUACACUGCACCGCCAUGGCGCCUUCUCUGGGAUGAUUUGGUGCUCUUUAUUAGAUGCAUCGGAUACAUCCCCUUCGUCAUCACUCCCCUAUGGUAUCCUCGGCGAGAUGGAGUCCGAUACCCAAAGCUCGACAAGUCAUGGGUGCCGAGAUGGCUCCUAUGGGGCCCCAUCGACAGCGCCAUCACAGCCAUUCAAACCUGGUAUCAAGGCAAAAUCGACCCCUACUACCCCUCCGGCGAGAUGGAUGAGCUCUAUCCUUCGGUCGGAAACCUUUGGUGUCUCUUUAUACACGGCAUCCUCAUCGUGACGCAACUCGCUUUCUUGGUUUCACUGCCGUUCCUCGCCACCCUUCCCUUCCAGUUCUUCAUGAUAUACGUCGGCGGAUUUAUCUUCGUCAACUAUAUCUUCUGCUUACAGCUCAAUGCUGGAACCGAGAACAACUUGCUCAAGUCCCAGCAUGAUUUGUGGCCAGAGGCGGCUAAUUGGAAGUCGCUGGACCCCAACGAGAACUACAGCGAAGAAUGGAUCUUUCUUAACGGCGUGUCCGUUGGCUCGCAUUGGCUGCAGGGGAACAUCAACAGACUAUCACGCACUUUUCAGCGUCCCAUUACGGGUGUACACAACAGAACCUCUGGAAUUGUUUUCGACCUUAUCCAGUGUCUCUUAGAGCGAUGCUUCUACUUUGGUACCUCGGACACCAGAACUUGCUAUGCGCUCAUCACAGCUGCCCUGGACCCUGCGCAGAAGAAAGACAAAACCGUUCUCAUCCUUCACUCUCAAGGUGGACUUGAGGGCAGCAUCAUCCUCGAUUGGCUCCUCUCCAACUACCGCCGAGAGACCUUGCAUAAGCUGGAGAUCUACACUUUCGGUAACGCUGCCAACCACUUCAAUGACCCCGAAACUUCUAAAAAUGAACACGUUAUCGGGCAUAUCGAGCAUUAUGGCAACACUGGUGACUUUGUAUCCCAAUGGGGAGUCAUUCAUUUCAAGUCUCUGGUUGCCGAGCAAAGCAACCCUCAGCCAAUGGAUGGACGGCACCCUUUCUUGCCAAUCGUUGAUGACAUUCUACGCCUGGAUAAGAGACAGAAUACUUUUGCUGGACUACUUUUCGAGAACAACGUGUUGGGUCACCUAUUGAAUCAGCAUUAUCUCGACAGACUGUUUCCCUUGAACGAAACCCUCACUAGCGUCGUGGAUAGCAAGUUCAUGGCUAAGCGUAUGAAAGCUGGAAAUGGCAGUUGCGACGUCGAAGGGCACAUAGUCUGCCAAAAGAGCAGGCUAUGGGAGUAUAUCAACGGUGGAAAGCCUAGAGAGUAUGAUUUGCAGCAGUCUUAGACAUAAGGAGAGAAUUCUGACGAGUCCAUGGGAGUCAAAUCGGUAUUGCGGUAAAAUGGAGGAAUUUUGGGAUGAGUUUGCUUCUUUACGCCAUAUGCAGGGCGAGAGUCCGGAGUCACGGGGCGUAAUGGGCAACACGGACACAUGAUAACAAAAUUGUUUAGCAAAAGGUAUUUUAAAGUAUUCAUAAUAAGUAUGGAAUACUACUGGAUAGGC